UAUCAGGUAUUGUUGUCAGAUUGGGAGAUUGAUAUGAAGUUUUUAAUGGUUGCAUUGAUGCUUUCCCUCCUGUGGGUUGCCGAUGCAGGUAAGUUUACACUGAACUGAUAAAAAAACCACUGAGCUUAAUAAUCUAUUACCACUGGGUUAUUUUAGGUUGAAAUUGAAAGAGUCAACAUAAAACGCGGUUUUGUUAAACAACGGAUGAACUCCGUUUCAACAACCGGCCUAAACUUUGUGUUUUACGUACCCAUCGACGCAACACCACAGUGUUUGAAGGCUGCAGAUAUUGCGGUCUAAUCUUCAGGAUUUUAACUAGCAAGUUUAGAAAGCUGUUAGGCCGCGUCCACAGCUACCUGUAUUUUUUAAUUUUUUUUUCGCGGAUUGGCUUUCUCUCCACACGUAUUGGAUGAACACCGUCACUGAAAACUUAACUUUUUGAAAACGCUUUCAAGAGGGAAACGUUGUGAAAACGCCACUUUCCUGUACUGGACUGGAGAGAUGAAAGAUGAAUGUUUCUCUGCCACUUCGCCUUUUUUACGACUUGAUCAUCCAAGGUUAGUUUUCCCUUUACGUAAAAUGUUCAAGCGUGUUGAAAUUAAUUCAGAAUGCGACGUAGGGCUGGAAUAUCGAAGCGUUAAAUGACCCAGCAGAGUUCCACUUACAAGACCUCGAGGUUCUUAGUUUGACCAGUACGUAAAAGUGCUCGGGGAGACAGCUUUGUCGACCAAACAUUGAUAUUAGAGAAACAGAGAAAGAAUUAUAAGAUAAUUCCGGCCCAAUCCGUGUGCAUAAAUAAAAAUUCCCGUUUUAAAACAAAAACGAAUACGUGUGGACGGGUGUAAACGAUCCGAAAACGGCACGUGUGGACCCGAAUUUUUUGGAAAAAUAUAAAAAGAUAUUUCCUUUUCCAGACAAAAAAGGAAUACGUGUAGACAGGGCCUUUGUAAUUGUCACUGUCAGUAACGACCGGGUAGGGGCCACGGUUGAUGGUCGGUCAAUCUCCUUCAAACUUUUACCGUUUGUUCCCUAUCUGAUAAGAUUGUGAUCGGUGAUAUUAUUGGAAAUAUAAAAUAAAUCGCAUCCAAUUUUGACCACCCCCUAAGUUUUUGCGUUAUUUAGAAGGCUGAGAGAGGAAAAAUUGGUGAAAUUAAAAUGCUACUUUUUCUUGCUUUGCGUUGUUCUACUGAAAUUGUAUGAUGCUCACGUAUUUGUGUGUAUUUCAACAACUUAUUUCGACAAUAACGUUGUAUUUACACAAAAACGGCUUGCUCUGGCACCUUUCUAAACACUACCACUUUAUUGGGUCAAGAGGAUUAACACGAUUUCAGUCAAUUUUAAAGCCUAAUUUUUCCAAGGUGCAGAAUCUUACUGAUAAACUGGGGCUACUUUUUAUCAGUCCUUCUAUAGCUUUAAGGAAAAUUGAAAACUCUCAUUUGGCAAGUUAAAAUCGUCUGGAGAGAGCUUUCUCGGAAGUUUGGCCUUAUCAGCAUAAUCGUGUAAAUUUCCCAGAAAAACGUCACGCUUUCAUAGUCACGAGAUCAGGAGAAUUCGAAACUCUCAGUUGGCAAGUUAAAAUCGUUUAGAGAGAGCUUUCUCGGAAGUUUGGCCUUUUUUAAUAGCAUAAUCAGGCGCGAAUCCACACUGGUUUCCCCCGUUUUACGGAAAUCGGUCAGAUUUUUCACGAUAAACAUUUUUAAUAAUAAAAUAACAAUAAUAGAACUUUCUGGAAAAUAGUCUGGACAAAUGUUUUCUUUUUCCAAUUUCCGGGCAUUAGACAAAAACCCGAGAAAGGGAACUUUAGGGACUUUAAAAAUCAAAAAAAAUUCCCGGGGGCUCCCCUAGACGCUUGCUCCCUCGGCCCCUCGUUUAGGAAAUCGGUCAGUAUUAAUCCUAGAUCCGCGCCUGAUGAUCGUGUAAAUUUCCCAGAAAAAUGUCACGCUUUUAUAGUCACGAGACCAAGCGAUAACGUACCAAGCAUUUCACAACUAAACAUGAGGAAUUUUUCCGCAGUUUCUGUCAUAUGUUCUUGCACAGGGCAAGUGUUUUGCAUGUAUCCUAGGUACAUAUUAUUAUAAACCAUUGAGUUCAAUAAAUUAACAAUUGUAUGACGUGACUACGUUUUGUCGGGUUUUGUGGGUAUGUAACGAUAUCAGUAAUCUACUGUGAAGAUGUGCGGUUUAUUACGAAAAAUUGAACUACUUUUUGAGAGGUUUUUUUUAAUGCUAACAAAGAAAAGGAAAAAAAAGAACAAGAAUACUUUUGCCUGUCACUUAUCUUUAGUAUUAGAGGGAAAGUACGAAGUGGAAUGCUUUGUACACAUCUUUGACAACUGCACCCAAAACAACUUUGCAGUUCUUUCAAUUAUAGAGCAUUUGUUAAACAAAGUCAAAAAAGAAUAUCCCGAAGUGAUACAUGCAUACUUCAGAUCCGAUAGUGCCGGAUGCUAUCAUAAUGGUCCUCUUUUGCUGAACCUUAAAGAAGUAGGAGAGAGAACCGG